CAGCUUUCGGGGGCGUAGCUGUCAAAAAUCGACAGAAUAUUACAUUUCAAUUGUUUAUCGUCAGUAUAAUACGCAACACUUUAUCACAGAAACAUUAGAUGUGAUAAUUCAUAUACACGGACGUUCAUUAUUACGUUUUACGCCGUUUCGUAUAAGUCUAACCUAAAUUGUUGCAGUGUCUUGAAAUAUAAGUACGGAGUGAAACAUGUUGCAGAUACUGUUUGUAUACUUGGCGGGUCUCGGUAUCUGUGCCGGCAACCCUGAUGCUAAGAGACUUUAUGAUGAUCUUCUGAGUAAUUACAAUAGACUCAUUCGGCCAGUUGACAAAAAUAACAACACGGUUUUGGUUAAACUUGGGCUGAGGCUGUCGCAGCUGAUUGAUCUGAACCUGAAGGACCAGAUACUCACGACAAACGUCUGGCUUGAACAUGAAUGGGAGGACCACAAGUUCAAGUGGGACCCCCUGGAAUACGGCGGAGUGAAGGAACUCUACGUGCCCUCCGAACACAUCUGGCUGCCAGACAUCGUGCUCUACAAUAAUGCCGACGGCGAAUACGUGGUGACAACCAUGACGAAGGCGGUCCUGCAUCACACGGGCAAGGUGCUGUGGACUCCGCCCGCCAUCUUCAAGUCCUCGUGCGAGAUCGACGUCAGAUACUUCCCGUUCGACCAGCAGACUUGCUUCUUGAAGUUCGGCUCUUGGAGCUAUGAUGGUGAUCAAAUAGACCUCAAACACAUAAACCAGAAGAAAGGCGACAUGGUGGACGUGGGCAUCGACCUGCGCGAGUACUACCCGUCCGUGGAGUGGGACAUCCUGGGCGUGCCCGCCGAGCGCCACGAGCGCUACUACCCGUGCUGCCAGGAGCCUUAUCCAGAUAUCUUCUUCAACAUCACUCUCCGUCGUAAGACUUUGUUCUACACAGUCAACCUCAUCGUCCCUUGCGUUGGUAUCUCCUACCUCUCUGUCUUGGUCUUCUACCUCCCCGCGGAUUCCGGUGAAAAGAUCGCCUUAAGUAUAUCUAUCCUGCUCUCGCAAACUAUGUUCUUCUUGCUUAUUUCCGAGAUCAUUCCAUCCACCUCUCUCGCUCUACCUUUACUGGGGAAGUAUCUCUUAUUCACCAUGUUGCUGGUAGGACUAAGUGUUGUCAUCACCAUCAUUAUACUCAACGUCCACUAUCGAAAGCCGAGUACCCAUAAAAUGGCUCCGUGGGUGAGAAAGUUUUUCAUCACGAAACUCCCAAAGGUGUUACUAAUGAGAGUUCCCAAGGACUUGUUGCGAGACUUGGCAGCUCAUAAGAUUGCGGGGAGGAAUGCGAAGAAUAAAAACAAGUUUAAAGAUGCGCUGGCGGCGGUGGAUCAGACUAACUCGGCCGCUUCCAGUCCAGACUCUCUCCGUCAUCAGUUCCCUGGCAGUUGCAAUGGACUGCACACCACUACUGCUACUAACAGAUUCAGCGGACUAGUCGGGGCUCUGGGCAGCCUGAGUGCGGGCUACAACGGCUUGCCAUCCGUGAUGUCAGGCCUGGACGACUCUAUCAGCGACAUAGCGCCGAGGAAGAAGUACCCGUUUGAACUGGAGAAGGCGAUCCACAAUGUCAUGUUCAUCCAACACCACAUGCAACGGCAGGAUGAGUUCAAUGCGGAGGAUCAAGAUUGGGGUUUCGUGGCCAUGGUGCUGGAUCGCUUGUUCCUCUGGAUCUUCACCAUCGCCUCCAUCGUGGGAACCUUUGCCAUCCUCUGUGAAGCCCCAUCUUUAUACGACGACACCAAACCCAUCGACAUGAUCCUGUCUUCAGUUGCCCAGCAACAAUUCUUGCCAGUUGACAGCGGUGAUCCUUAAACUAUUGCUCUAAAGCAAGGGCAUUAAUUUCCAUUACUUAUAAGCGGUGGAGACUGGCAGUUAAAAUUGCAGAAGUGGAUUUGUACAAGUUAAAAAUACCUUUACGAUAAUCUUUCCGAAUUAUUGUGGCAGUUACAUAGGUGUUUACAUCUGUGCAAAAGUCGACUUCUGAAAUUUAUCCUGAGAGCAAAGCGCAAAUAUGGCAAAACCCCUCCAGUGAUUGAGGGGGCUAUAUCCUGAUAUGGACUAUUACGGUUUGUGGGUUUGCGUAUAUAGUAUAUUUUCUCGUCUGUCUUAAUUAAUUCAUAAUUAUCUUAAGUAGACCGUUAAUUUUUAAGUAAAUACAAUUAUCAUUUAUUUCGUAAAUAUUUCAGGUAGGUAGGUACCUGAAAUAUUUACGAAAUAAAGAUAAGAUAAAAAAUUAUCUUAGAAAAUUUUGCGAAAUCGCCAUUGGCUGUGAGAUUAUAAUUUUGUGGUUGUAACGAUGAAUCUUCACAAUCAAAGGUACGUAGCGCUAUUUGAAAAGUAUUCAUGUACAAAUUGUUCAAAAUGUAAGUAUCAUCAAAAAUGUUCUUCUACCAAUUGCUGUCAUGUUCAAACUCUGCGAACGAAAACAUUGGUAUAGGGAGUCGCCUUCCCAUAGAAGGCGGUGGUCACAAAUAUCGUAAUGCAUUUAAUGUUCUUCCUACCGUUUUCAGGAAUAACGAUGGACGAAUUGUGUAGUAGUUAGUGAUACUGACUGCUAUACCGAAGGUCCCGGGUUAAAACCCCAGCCGGGACAGAUAUUUGUUUAAUGAUAGAUAUUUGUUAAUGUGUGUAUCUACCUAUCUGUGUAGAUAAUAAUAUCAGCUGUCCGAUACCCAUAUUACAGGCUCUGCCUAGCUUGGGGUCGGAUGGUCGUAUGUGAGAUGUUCCCACAUAAUUAGUACCUAUAAUGAUUAUUGUAACUUUAAUGGCUUCUGAAUACGAAGCCAAAUGGCACCGCUAUGUUAAGUCUAUUGCUGUCUUGUCGUGCGGGCUAUUAUGUCGAUAAGUUAGUUUAUGUCGGUAGGUAUAUCUACAUAGUGUUUUGUAAUUAAGCUAUUGUUACUUAUUUUAGUGCCAACAUACCUUUUUCUAUUUUAGAAACUAGUUCGGUAAAAUUUCGGUACUAAAGUACUUCUCCAAAAACGAUAUUUGCCAAAGAAACAGUAAAAUGAUGUAACUACAUAUUCUACAUCAUUAACUUUAAUCAUAUGGAGAUGUUUAAAAAAUCUGAUAUUUAAUCUGUUUUUAUUGCUUUUUUACAAUUGAUGAACUUCAUGUGAAAGUUUUUAAUUAUUGGUCUAUUCUAAAAUAUUGUACUACCUACAUACAUUUAAUAAUGUUAUUAAUUAGCACUUUGAGCGAAAAGGGCACAUUUCACGAAAUGUAGUUAAGUAUAAUGAUAGAUAAACUUAAACAUACUUAAAAAUACUUAAGUACUUGCUUACCUAUGGUUUUUAUACGAUCACGAAAGCGAGAAAAUAAACAUAAACUAGCUCUGCACUCAUGCGAUAGCUUCUUUCUUUGAUUAACUGAACUCCGUGAAAAAUUUGAGAUAUGCCCCUUUCAUUCUGAAGGUGUUUGUAGUAAGCAAAUUAUGGCUGUGUUAGAUUAAUAUCUCCCAUGUUUGAAAUUUGUAUGAGUAUUUGAUAAAUUAAUGAUAAAAUGUAGCUUUGAAUGUAAUUAUGAAUUUGUCUUACAUUCAUGACAGUGUUUGAAAUAAAUUAACUGAAAUAUUG